AUGAAAUCUAGCAAACGAAGACUACAGGCGCUCACAGAAGGAACCGAUGGAAUACCAAAUUACCUUAAAAUGGAAGAUUCUGAAACAUCAAUUCCUCCAGUAUUUAGAUCUAGAUUACAUGAACUAUUUUCUCAGAUUGAAAAAGAAUUUGACCUUCUUUACACUGAAAACUUAAAUUUACAAGAGAAAAUAGAUAUUUUGAGUGAAAAGUUGGAAAGAGAGAGUUAUGUAGGCGACAGACAGAACUUGGAUUAUAUUGAAUUUGAAACAUCAGGAAAAAAUUCAAAAGUGAAAUUGUCUCAAAGCAACUCUCAAAAAGUUAAAGCUAGCCAUAAAUUGCGAGUGCAAACUAGCAAGAUAGUGUCCAGUUUCAAGGCACCAACAUACAAUUGUCAACUGGUUCGUGAGUUUACUGGACACAAGGAUGGCAUAUGGGAUGUAUCAUCAUCUCGGCCUGGACAAUCUCUCUUUGGCACUGCAUCAGCUGAUCACACAGCGUGUGUGUGGAGUGUGGAAUGGGGAAGAUGCCUCCUACAAUACACUGGGCAUCAAGGAUCUGUGAAUUCAAUCCGCUUCCACCCUACUCGGGACAUUGCUCUAACCAGUAGUGGGGACAACACUGCCCAUGUGUGGCAGGCUGCUGUCAACUGGGAUUUACCUCGUGGACAGUCUUCCGAAGAAGAACUCGAAGGUGGGGGUGAAGAGAGUUUAGGCGAGGGCGGUGAACGGCCGGAAGUGUUACGCACACCGCUUACUGAACUGCUGGGCCACCAGGGUGUUGUUGUCGCAGCUGAUUGGCUGCCGGGAGGCGACCACGUCAUUACUGCCUCUUGGGACAGGACCGCUAACUUAUAUGAUGUAGAAACUGGUGACUGUCUUCAGGUUCUGACAGGUCACGACCACGAAUUGACGCACGCGUCUGCGCACCACAGCUCGAGGCUCGUAGUCACCGCCUCCAGGGAUACCACGUUCCGUUUGUGGGACUUCCGCGAACCAAUACACUCGGUAUCCGUCUUCCAAGGACACACAGAGAGCGUCACUUCAGCAGUAUUCACACGUGAAGAUAAAGUAGUAUCGGGCUCAGACGACCGUUCCGUGAAGGUAUGGGACGUUCGCAACAUGAGAUCUGCACUGGCCACCAUCAGAUCCGAUUCGUCCGUGAAUCGCGUGGGAGUUAGUGCCGGCGGACUCAUCGCUAUACCGCACGACAAUAGACAAGUGCGUCUGUUCGACUUGCAGGGGCAACGGCUCGCGCGGCUGCCUAGAUCUAGUAGACAGGGCCAUCGCCGCAUGGUGACAUCGGUGGCUUGGGCGGAAGACAUAGCAUCGAACAUAAACUUCUUUAGCUGCGGCUUCGACCGCCGCAUCCUAGGCUGGUCCAUCCAACCGUCCAAGGAGAAUUGA